AUGAUGACGUGCCGUCUGCUGUGCGCCCUGUUGGUGCUUGCCCUGUGCUGCUGCCCGUCCGUGUGCGUGACAGAGAAUGAAGUUAAUGGUGCCCCCAGUGCGGUCCCCUCUGUGCCAAAGGUACCAGAGGUACAGGAACCAGUUGAGAAGGAAGUGGAACAAAGCGAAAGAGUAGAUAAGCCAGUUAUUGCGGCCGGUACGGAAUACACACAAGAGAUGGUAUCUGGUGGGUCGUCCAACAGUCAAGGUGCACCAGGUGUGUCCGGUCAGUCCACGUUACAAAUUCCUGGCGUUCCGCUACGGCCACAUACUGUACCAACCGUUGCGUCAGGGGAACAAAGUGGGCCGAUUCAGUCAGGAAAAGAAGAAGAGAAGAAGAUGACUGCAUCAACAACGACGACGACCACAACCACAAAGGCACCAACUAUGACUACGACGACAACGACCACUACAACAAAGGCACCAACCACGACGACCACCCGCGCACCGUCACGUCUUCGCGAAAUCGACGGCAGUCUCAGCAGCUCUGCGUGGGUGUGUGCCCCGCUGCUUCUUGCCGUAUCCGCGAUGGUGUACACCACUGUGGGCUGA